GAGGGAGGUUUCAACGGACUGACGAGUACUUCUUUCCAUAUUUUGAGCGGGUUGGGAAAGAGACGGCUUUAAAAGUUUCGACCGUGUAGACGCCCUAGGCGAGUGAGAUCGGGUGGCAGUCCCGUGACCUCCCUGGUGAGAUGAUUCGGUAUUGCAAUACAUGUUAGCCACAGUACCAACUUGCGGAUGGUGCAGUCUGGCUGGAGAAUGGGUCUUUGGAUUAUAACACAAUCUUGCAGUUACAAUUGUUUUGUAGGCGCCAAGGGAAGUGGGAUGAGAUGCUUUAUGUAGAGGCGUAUAUGACUUUGUAUGGGGAUGGGGCCACGCAGAAGUCGUGUGGGAUAUUUAGGGAAAGCGGGGUAAUGGCUUUACAGGGGGUCAUCACAGUAUGUCCGGAGGAGCCGGAGGAGGAAGACGUGCAGUUGCUAAUUGCUCCCCCAGCUUCCCCGUCUCAUCCUGUGAGCCCUGCGUCACCACAGGGGACUUCCACUGCACCUGUAACGGCUCAUCAGGGACUCCCAGCUGGCCUGUCCACUCCAUCAUCCCCCACCUCCCCUGACAGCCCUGGGGUGCCAUCCCCGGGUCCGGCGGAUGUGGGUGGUAGCAAUCUGGCGGUAGAAGGGACUGUAGGAGAUGGGGCGUUUAGCCCUGUGGUGAGUCGCUUACAAUCAGGGGCCCAACCAGUAGUUCAGGCCCCUUUGCGACAAGCGGUGGGUCCUGAGGGUGAACCAGUUUUUGUCCAUGUGCCAUUCAGCACGGCAGACUUGAUAAAUUGGAAACAGUCCGUGGGCCAGUACCGCCAGAAUCCAGAGGCAAUGGCCCAGUUGUUCUCUACUAUUUUCCUCACCCACCAACCAAACUGGAUAGAUAUUCAGGCCUUAUUGGCCGCUCUUCUGACUCCAGAAGAAAAGAGGUUGGUCUUAGAGAAAGCACGCACGAUAGCACAGCAGUGUCACCCAGCCGGUGAUGUUGAUGAACUUUGCCCUAAGAAAAAUAAAGACUGGGAUCCCAACACCCGAGGGGGCCGGAAGGAGUUAGAGCUGUAUCAGGAGUUUGUGCUGGCUGCUCUCCGGCAGGCUAUCCCCAAGCAGAAAAAUUUGUCUAAAUUAUACGAAGUGCGGCAGGGUCCAGAGGAGGAUCCAUCCAGUUUUUAUGGGAGGUUGUGUGAGGCAGCCAGACAGUGGAUGGAUUUAGAUCCGGAGCUGCCAGAAAAUGCCAGGAUGUUUAACACACUGUUUAUAGGACAGUCAGCCCCAGAUAUUAGGAAAAAACUACAGAAGGCUGAAGGAGCAGCUGGAAUGAGCAUCAGCCAAAUGAUUGAGAUUGCUUAUAAGGUAUACUCCAACCGAGAUCAGGUUAAGGAGAAAAAGAAAGAUAAGAGAAUGAAGGCACAGGCGUCAUUACAAGCAUCGUUGUUGGCAGCGGCAAUUGUGGAUCAGAGGAGCAGAGGACGGGGCAGGGGAGUAGAGGGUGUAGAAGAGGCAUGAGCUAUGCUCCGGGAGACUAUGGCCAGGGUCCCAGGCAAUUUUAAAGGACCCUUAUCAAAACUAAGAUCCCCAUAAUCGGAGCCACUGGCCAGCGGACGCAUCGUCCUUUUGUGCCACCCAUGCAAUGCCAAUUGGGAGGAAAGAAAGUGUCUCAUCAGUUCCUGUAUAUGCCUGAGUGCCCCAUACCUUUGUUUGGGAGGGAUUUGCUGUGCAAAUUGCAAGCCCAAUUGACCUUUUCGGAGGGCAAAAUUACUAUGAAGAUACCAACUGAGCAGGCCUGGAAGGCUCAGAUGUGUCUCCUAUUGCAGGAGGGGGAGAAAGGGAAAAUUCCCCCCGAAGUAGCAGACGCUGUAGUACCCUGGGCAUGGGCGGGAGAGAAGCCAGGAAGAGCCAAACUGGCCACCUCUGUAAGCAUUGAUCUGAAGCCAGGAAUUACCCUGCCCAGGGUGCCACAGUAUCGAUUAAAAAUAGAAGCUUGGAAAGGCCUGGAACCAUUGAUAAAGAGAUUCCUUAAACAUGGUUUGCUUCAGAAGUGUCAAUCAUCUUUCAAUUCCCCCAUUUUGCCUGUAAAAAAGCCCCACAGUAAUGAGUAUCGUUUUGUGCAGGACCUCAGAGCCGUGAGCAAGGUCACGGUGACCCUCCAUCCGGUGGUGCAGGACCCUUAUACUUUGCUGACUACUUUGUCUGCAGAGGAACAGUGGUUUACAGUCCUGGACCUAAAAGAUGCCUUCUUUUGCAUCCCACUUGAAAGAAACAGCCAAGAGAUUUUUGCAUUCGAGUGGGAAGACCCGAAUACUAGGAGAAAAACCCAAUUGUGCUGGACAGUUUUGUCUCAGAGUUUUAAGAACAGCCCCACUAUUUUUUGAGCACUGCCUUAAGUACCGACCUUCAGAAGUGGGACAAAGGGACUUCAGGAACCCUGUUACAGUAUGUGGAUGAUUUGUUGAUUGCAGCAAAAACGAGGGAAGAGUGCCACCUGCUGACCGUAAGUUUUAAAACAGCAGAACAAAUAGUGCGAAGAUGCCCUGUCUGUUGUGCCAACAAUCCUAAGAUUUCCCCCAAACCUCCGCCAGGAGCAGGAAGGCAAGGACUAUUAGCAGGAGAGGGUUGGCAGAUAGAUUUCUCUGAAGUUCCCAGGAAGGGACACUACAAAUACCUGUUAGUGCUCGUGGACACUCUGACUGGAUGGACUGAGGCCUUCCCGUGCCGAACCAACCAAGCAAAAGAAGUGGUCUGGGUGAUGCUAAAAGAAAUGAUUCCACGAUUUGGAAUCCCAGAGGGAUUAGCCUCGGACUGAGGGCCACACUUUAUGUCAGAAGUGACCCAGGCAGUUUCCCGGGCUCUAGGGAUACAAUGGGACCUUCACACAGCAUGGAGACCACAGUCAAGUGGACAGGUGGAACAAAUGAAUCAGACUUUAAAAAGACAGCUGGCUAAACUUUGCCAAGAGACUCAGUUGAAAUGGCCCGAAGCUCUGCCUCUUGCCUUGCUUAGAGUGCGCAUAGCCCCUAGAGCUAAAUUGGGAGUUAGUCCAUUUGAAGUAAUGUAUGGCAAGCCAUAUCCUAAGAAUCCAGUGGUGAUGCAUGGGAGUCAAAUGCAUGUAAAAGGGGAAGGUUGGGUAAAAGACUAUUUGUAUUCUUUGUCUGCUGUAUUGUCUUCUCUCCACAGGUAUGUCCAGGAGCGACUUCCACUCCCCUUAGAUAUACCAGUCCAUAAGUUCCAGAUCAGAGACGAGGUGCUGGUCCGGACGUGGAAAGACGAGCCGCUUCAGCCCAGGUGGAAGGGACCAUAUCCUGUGAUUCUCACCACUCACGCUGCAGUGAAAGUUCAGGGGGUAAAACUGUGGAUACACGACACCUGGGUGAAGGCCACACCAGAAGUACCACCGGCAGGAGAAGUUGCUGAGAGUGUCGCACUGGAAGCCGACACAAACGGACACUGUUGGACAGCAGAGCCAGUAGAAGGACUUAAAUUUCUGUUUAAACGUCAACCAUGUGGACAGUAGCUCUUUGCAUAGGUGUGGAACAUCGGUUGAUGAUAUUUUCACGUCAUGCCUUAUAGGGGUGCCCACUCCAAUGGAAGCACUCCGGAAUCAGACUUGGUUCGCAUCUGGGGGAAUAGGAGGUCCAAUCGAUUACACUAACAACUCCAUGUGGGGAACCGUUACCACAGAAAGGAACGCCAGUACCUUUGAAAUAGAUUUGUUGACAGUCACCUCCCCUGAUAACACCAGCUGUGCCAAUUUUGUGAACUGUACCCAAAGCUUGUAAAAGCCUAACCAAAGAAACGAAAAUUUUCAAUUGCUCAGACGUGACUAAUGUAUCUGUCACAACCCAAAGUUGUGGUUUUUGUUUGUGUGUGCUUCGGCACCACUAAAUUAUGUUUCCGCCUAAAUUUGUAGCUUUCUUUGCAUGGUAGAGUUCUCUGUUGCGGAAGAGAACUCUGGUGCAGCAGGGGUUUUCCCGCCAGUUUUGCAGCUUCUUUGCAGGGUGCAUUUCUUUGGCAUACGAGUGAUAUACGCUGCAAGGGAGUUGCCGCCAUUUGUAUUGGGAUUCGAGCCGUAUUAUUGGCCAAUUCCUAAUGUAGGCACACGUGGCGGCUAGUGAUUGGCUUGCUAGCCGUACAAAAGGCUUGAGUGGUUUCCGCCCAAGUUGGAGGACUCCACGAACACCAGGAGGAGGGAGAAAAAGAGAGAGAUUCUGCGUGAAGAUCUCCGAGCGCUGCGGACCCUCGCGGACCCAUCGCGCCUCCCCUAAGCAGGCAAUAGAGGUUUAAUAACCGAACCCACAGCCGUGGGAAACGAAUAGCCUCUAGCCUCUCCCCGUCACCGAGCGCAAUCCCUGGACGUAUCCCUUUCCUGUAACCCGUUAUCCGAACCCACGGAGUUUAAUAACUCUGGGGGACCUGGGAACCGAAUAGAACCCACAGAGCUUUAACAACUCCGGGGCAGGAGGACCGAGAGACGAACCCGCAGAACUUCCACAACUCCGGGGCAGGGGAACUGAACCGAGCCCACAGAGCUUCGACAACUCCGUGGGAAAGAAUUACCGGACCCGCGGAGCCUAAACAACUCCGUGAGAAACAAUUUGUCAUAGUCCUCCAACGAGGAUUUAAGCGGAGCUGCACCUGGAAACUGUCCAGCCUACACCGCAACCAUCCUGGGUAUAACUCCGAGUUGAUAGAGUCAAAGGUGCAGAAGCUGAAAGAAGUUCUGUCUCACAUUAAGCAAAGGGAAGGGUUCGACUUCUCAUGGCUUACUCCUUGGCUUCCUAAUUUUUCAUGGCUUAAGCAAAUUUUUCCUAUUGUUGUGGCAAGUAUGUGUAUUUUCCUGAUGAUUUGCUGUGGGGUACAGUGUGUGCCAAUGUGUUGUGAGGAGGUACUCAAGAAAUCUAUUUCUUCCCCGUUCACCGCGUAAUGUUUGUAAAAUCAUCAGUUACAAACCCGAUCCAAAACAAUCGGGAGGGAGCGAAGAGAUUUCUGAAGAUAAAAAAGAUGGUCGAGGGCUAUGAUCCUAUGGAAUAGGGUCACAGCCUCAAAGCAGGGAUUUGAUGAGCACCCCUGAACUUUCACUAAAUUUUCUAUACUUUGGAAACAACUUUGUAUGUUUUGAAAAAGUAUUUUAUCUAACCAAGGGCAUAGAGUAGGUUGUUUAGGCUGGGGGAGAUCGCUUGUUGCCUAGUUACUUAAUUGCUGGCCUCGCUAGAAUCAGCAAGGUCCUGGGUGGAGUUGGAAAGGGGGGAGUUACUUGGUGGAGUUGGAAAAGGGGGGUUACUUGCUGGGCUUGCUACACAUUUCAUCACAUCAGCAAGUUUAACCUGUUACGUAGCUAUAUAAGGAUGAUGCCCACUGGGGUGGGUGUGCUUGCUUUGCGAACGAUUGCUAAGCACCACUUUCUGCGCAGAAAUAAAGAUUAAGUUGGAUCCUUCA